AUGACGCACAACACCACCAGUCAACAGACGCUCAACGAGACGCACAUCACCACCAGUCAACAGACGCUCAACGAGACGCACAGCACCACCAGUCAACAUACUCUCAACGCGACGCACAUCACCACCAGUCAACAGACUCAACAGACGCUCAACGAGACGCUCACCACCACCAGUCAACAGACGCUCAACGAGACGCACACCACCACCAGUCAACAGACGCUCAACGAGACGCACACCACCACCAGUCAACAGACGCUCAACGAGACGCACAGCAACGCCAGUCAACAGACGCUCAACGAGACACACAGCACCGCCAGUCAACAGACGCUCAACGAGACGCACAUCACCGCCAGUCAACAGACGCUCAACGAGACGCACACCACCACCAGUCAACAGACGCUCAACGAGACGCACACCACCACCAGUCAACAGACGCUCAACGAGAAGCACAUCACCACCAGUCAACAGACGCUCAACGAGACGCACACCACCACCAGUCAACAGACGUUCAACGAGACGCACACCACAACCAGUCAACAUACUCUCAACGAGACGCACAUCACCACCAGUCAACAGACGCUCAACGAGACGCACACCACCACCAGUCAACAGACGCUCAACGAGACGCACACCACCACCAGUCAACAGACGCUCAACGAGACGUACAUCACCACCAGUCAACAACUAGACGCACACCACUACCAGUCACCAGACGCUCAACGAGACGCACACCACCACCAGUCAACAGACGCUCAACGAGACGCACACCACCACCAGUCAACAGACGCUCAACGAGACGCACACCACUACCAGUCAACAGAGCUCAACGAGACGCACACCACCACCAGUCAACAGACGCUCAACGAGACGCACACCACCACCAGUCAACAGACGCUCAACGAGACGCACACCACCACCAGUCAACAACGAGACGCACACCACCACCAGUCAACAGACGCUCAACGAGACGUACAUCACCACCAGUCAACAGUCGCUCAACGAGACGUACAUCACAACCAGUCAACAGACGCUCAACGAGACGCACAUCACCGCCAGUCAACAGUCAACAGACGCUCAACGAGACCCACAUCACCGCCAAUCAACAGUCGCUUAACGAGACGCACGUCACCGCCAGUCAACAGACGCUCAACGAUACGCACAUCACCACCAGUCAACAGACGCUCAACGAGACGCACAUCACCGCCAGCCAACAGUCGCUCAACAAGACGCACAUCACCACCAGUCAACAGUCGCUCAACGAGACGCACAUCACCGCCCGUCAACAAUCACCGCCAGUCAACAUACUCUCAACGAAACGCACAUUACCGCCAGUCAACAGACGCUCAACGAGACGCACAUCACCGCCAGUCAACAUACUCUCCAUGA